UUCUACGGGGUGGCAGGUAAGGAAGAGGUGGCGGGCGAAUCGGCUGAAGCGGAUUUGCUGGCGGAUUUGCAGUCAGUAGGUCAGCUGAUGUUCCCUGUGCCGCGGCUUCUUGACAGGUCCCCGAGUGCGGACCCUUCGGACUUCGGCUCUUGGGGAGCUGAGUCCAGAGAUAUCCUGCCAAAGAAGAUGAAGAAAAACAGAGAAAGAUUCUGCAACCAAGAGAGGGAAUUUGUGUAUAAAUUCAAAAUAGGAAGUCAGUGCUUAGAACUGAGGGUGCCCCUCCAAUUUCCUGUUCAAGAGAAUGCCAGUUACUUACAUGGACGCCUGAUGCUACUGCACAGCUUGCCAUGCUUUAUAGAAAAAGACUUAAAAGAAGCUCUGAUCCAGUUUAUAGAAGGAGAAUCCCUCAGAGAUUAUGAUAGAGAGGCUGAAGCAUCGCUGGAAGCUGUGAAAUCAGGUGAAGUAGAUUUACAUCAUCUGGCAAGUACAUGGGCCAAAGCUUAUGCUGAGACCACAUUAGAGCAUGCAAGGCCUGAAGAGCCCAGCUGGGAUGAAGAUUUUGCAGAUGUGUACCAUGACCUAAUUCAUUCUCCUGCCUCUGAAACGCUCCUAAAUUUGGAACAUAAUUAUUUUGUUAGUAUCUCGGAACUGAUUGGUGAAAGAGACGUGGAGCUGAAAAAAUUACGAGAGAGACAAGGUAUUGAAAUGGAAAAAGUGAUGCAGGAGUUGGGAAAAUCACUGACAGAUCAAGAUGUAAAUUCACUGGCUGCUCAGCAUUUUGAAUCCCAGCAAGACUUAGAAAAUAAAUGGUCAAAUGAAUUAAAACAAUCGACUGCCAUCCAAAAACAAGAGUAUCAGGAAUGGGUGAUCAAACUUCAUCAGGACCUAAAAAACCCCAACAACAGUUCCCUCAGUGAAGAAAUUAAAGUUCAACCAAGUCAGUUCAGAGAAUCAGUAGAACCAAAUGGAAGGAUUUAUGAGGAACAGAGAAAGCUAGAAGAAAGUUUUACCAUUCACUUAGGAGCUCAGUUGAAGACCAUGCAUAAUUUGAGAUUGCUGAGAGCAGACAUGCUGGAUUUCUGUAAGCACAAAAGAAAUCAUCGAAGUGGUGUGAAACUCCAUCGACUCCAGACAGCUCUGUCACUUUAUUCCACAUCUCUCUGUGGCCUGGUUUUACUAGUAGAUAAUAGAAUUAAUUCAUAUAGUGGUAUUAAAAGAGAUUUUGCCACAGUUUGCCAAGAGUGCACUGACUUUCAUUUUCCUCGAAUUGAAGAGCAACUGGAAGUUGUCCAGCAGGUGGUACUUUAUGCUAGAACCCAGCGCAGGAGUAAGUUGAAAGAAUCGCAUGAUUCUGGAAACCGAAAUGGAGGAAGUGAAGAUAAGUCUAAAAAUGCUGAUAGAAACUAUUUAAAUAUUUUACCUGGAGAAUUUUACAUUACACGGCAUUCUAAUCUCUCAGAAAUCCAUGUUGCUUUUCAUCUUUGUGUGGAUGACAAUGUGAAAUCUGGAAACAUCACUGCUCGCGAUCCUGCCAUUAUGGGGCUCCGAAACAUACUCAAGGUUUGCUGCACCCAUGACAUCACAACAAUAAGUAUUCCUCUCUUGCUCGUGCAUGAUAUGUCAGAGGAAAUGACUAUACCGUGGUGCUUAAGGAGAGCAGAACUUGUGUUUAAGUGCGUCAAAGGUUUCAUGAUGGAAAUGGCUUCAUGGGAUGGAGGAAUUUCUAGGACAGUGCAAUUUCUGGUUCCACAGAGUAUUUCUGAAGAAAUGUUUUACCAACUUAGUAACAUGCUUCCCCAGAUCUUCCGAGUAUCAUCAACACUUACUCUGACAUCCAAGCACUAAACCCUUAUAUAUCACCAUGCUGGCAGAAGAGGAUUGUUAAACUCUCCAGGAACUUGAGCUCUGCUGGGAUUCUGUCAAGCAAAGAUGCCCAGAAAGAGAACUUGCGACCCAAGCCACAAAUCAAAUCAUGAUAGAUGUCUGUUAAACAUUCCAAAGACUCAUCUACCGUACAGGCUGAUGAUCAGUCCCUGAUGUAUACAUUUAUUGUUAAAGUCUCUAUGAAAAAAAAUGUCUUUCCCUAUUGUCAUAUCCUAUCUGUGAAUAUUUGUAGGUUUAAACUUCCUACAGGGUUAUAUCUCAUGCAAGGACACUUGAUGUAGGAGAGUGUUCACUGCAUUUUCAUAAAGACAUUUGUCUUUUCCCAAAGGUAUGAAUCAUAUCAGGUACAAGACUUAAUUAAGCAUGCAAAUAAAAUCUUUCCUCUAUCUUAUUUGCCAAGUGAAAAUUAAAAAGCACUGAAAUAUACAUUGCACGUUUGGAUGUCUUGUGAAAAUCUUUUUUUGUAGAAACACAAUAUAUGAGACAUAUACUUUUUAAAAUUCUUCUAUUUCAAAAACUUGUUUUUAAUGUACUCUUACUAAGGCUUUAUAAGUUCAUAGUCAGAAAAAGAUACUGGAUUCUUUUCCUCUGUCUCAUCUUCCUUAUGUGACUUGCCCUUGUCUGUUAAUAACAUUUCGUGGGCUGGGAAAAUAGUGUGCUUAUUUGCAAGCCCAGUAGAAAGUUAGUCUAAACCAACACCUGGCAGUAUUGUAGUGCCCAUCAGUACUGUGACAGUCAGACAAUGAGGAUCAUUUUUAUUUCUCCAUCCUGUUGUCUGCAUUCUCAGCUUCUUUAACCAUUCUUCUACUUGCAGUUUUUUGCUGAUAACGAUGUCCCCAUUUCUGUCUCUGCUCUGUUUCCUCUCCUUUUCCAUGGUUUUUCUUUGUAGAAAUACUUUUUCAAGUGCUGCAUAUCGCUCAUGUAUCCCAUCUGUAACAUUUGCAAUGAGUACUGACUACAUUGACUAAAGGCAUUUACAAAAGCAAUAGUUUUGUCAAAUUCAAACUAUGGAUGUUGUAACUGGCCAAUGGAAUGAUAUGGAGGAGCUUUGACAUGGUAUAUUUUUAUUCCAAGAGACAAAAAGCACUUGAUUAGUAUGCCUAAAUAUAAUAACUUGGAGAAAAUCUUGGCAUGCAAAAUGCUUCCCCACACCAUGGAAUGUGUCUUGAUUUUCUACUCAAGGAAAUGACUGUCCAAGUAACCACACUAAGGAGUUUAUCCACUCCAGACUGUGUCCAUUACAAACUAACACUUUCCAAAUCCUUUUUCAAGGAACUUGGUGAUCCCACCAAGAAAAGGGUAGGUAGGUAUUUUACCCGUAGAGCAAGAAACUGUCUUCCAGACACUACUGUUACCAUUAAGACAGAUUCUAAUGCAAAGCACAGUAGACAGAGGUAGAAAUUAGGGGUGUGCUCGAGCAGUGUCAGAGACUGUAUGAGUUCAUAAUGUGACAGGUCAGGUUGGAGGUGGGUAUAGGAGGGCCAGUCAAUAAAAGGCAUUCAAAAAGAGGCAUUGAGACUGCACAGAAUUUCUGUAAGUGUGUAGCCAACAUCUUAAAGGGUGCAUCCAGGGUCAGGGUGUGGGAGUGAGGGUUCAUUCGCAGAAACUUGGUGAAUGCAGCUGCCCAACCCUUCCUUUGUCUCAUCAGGGCUGUUUUAUUAAAUUAUAAAGUGGUAGCUUUCACUCCAGGGCAAUUUAAAGUUUCUAUUUGGCCUGUGAAAUGAAGAUGAAUUUAAGUAUUCAUUAUUCACGUGGCAAGAUUAGAAUAAUAUUUAUGAUGUUACAUCACUGAUAUGAAGACACACCAAACACUAAAUUAGCAACAUUAUAUAAUGUAAGUCUCUAUUCACAUUUAAAUAGUGGGGGUUUUAGAGGAAGUCUGGAGUUCUGUAUUUGGACUGGGAAAGAUGAGAUUAUGGCCUGAGUUCUAGAGGGCUGCUUAGAAGGAAGUGGUUCCGGAACUUCAUGACUGAUCUGAAGAAGGAGCUUUAGUAGGCGGAGACUAGAAGGGCCAUUCUAGGUAUGAGGAGUAGAAAUAGAAUGAAGGGAGGCAGUGAUACAUGGUCUGAUGUUGAGAGAAGCUGACCACAGGAGCCUUUAGGGGGUGGGGUGGAGGGCCUGGGCCUUAGCACUAAUAAUGGUGAAGUCUCUCAGCGAGCAUGAAUUUUUCUAUUUGUAUAAACAAUUAAAUAUUCCCAGAACAAUGACAGUCUGGUCCUCAAAGCCUUUAAAAUAUGUUCGGGGAGUCAAGUGGGAGCAUUGAUCCUGAGGUCUCAUUCUGCUGCUCUUUCCCCCUCCCCCCAUUUCUGUUCUCAAAGCACAAAACCAAGCAAGGCUGUAACCUUGCCAUUGAUCAAUAAGUGUGGUACCAGCUGUGCUCAGCAUGGCACUAUGACUGGAAUGGAAGAAAUGCAUGAAAAAGAAUUUCAACAGAAACAACUUGCCUGGGGGUUGGCAGAUCUCUGCUCUCUUUUGUGUCACUUCAGUUGGGUCCUGGCUAAUUCUCAGAGGAAGAAAAAGAUGGUCCACAAAGGAAAUGAAUUUACAGAAACAUGCCUGCGCUAGAGGCCUUCAGAAUCAGCAGAGCUGUGUUGGAAGAAUGGACAAAGAUAAAGAGUGAAUCCUCAGGGCAAUUUUUAGUUUCUAGCUGAAAACAAUUGCUUUUCUCUUAUUUAGUUUUCCCUUUUAAAUGAGAUUGGACUGCUUUGCUCAAAGGAAAUUGUGGCACUGUAAAAAUCAUUAUAAUAAAAAAUAAUUACAACUAUUUAAAUGAAAUACCAUGUAUUUAGAAUCACUUAGAUAAAUGCUUUUCUAUCCUUUAACCAUCAAAGAACAUUUCCAUUAUCUAUCUCAUGUU